CAUCCUUUUGGGUGGCGACGAUUACCUCUCUCCCACUUCCUCUCUUUACAUACAAUUCACAAUCUUUCUCUUUCUCCAUAUCUUCUCUACUUCCUAAAUUCAUCCCAAACGCUAAUGUCUGACAGAGUUUUCCCUUCUUCAAAACCCGCCGCUACCAAUGGCACCACUGCACCCCCUGCCAAGCCACCCCUUCGCCCUCCCUACCGUCCUCAACCCCAUCACCGACGCCACCGUACCGACCGCAACUACUGUUGUUGUUGCUUCUUUUGGACCGGCCUCAUCGUCCUCAUCCUUGUCUUAAUUUUCGCCAUUGCGGCCACUGCUCUUUACGUCCUCUACCGCCCUCACCGCCCUGCUUUCUCCAUCCCUUCGCUUCGUAUCCACCGACUCAAACUCACCACCUCUGCCGACUCCUCGUCUAAUCAUCUCUCUGCUCUCUUCAACUUCACUGUCACCUCCAAAAACCCCAACUCUCAUCUCACUUACUUUUAUCAACCAUUUGAUAUCUCCAUUUUUUCAUCCAACGAUGUCCUCUUGGGUAACGGCACUAUACCCGCUUUCACUUCCCCAACUAAAAACCAGACCGUUUUUAAGAACGUCAUAGCAUCUGGGUCGAACGAGCUUGACACGGAUUCUGUAACUUCAUUGAAAUCGGAUCUGAAGAAAAAAACUGGGGUUCCUCUGAAAAUUGUGCUGGACACUAAAGUGAAAGUUAAAGCCGGGAAGCUGAAAAGCAAGAAGAUUGGAAUCAGAGUUACGUGCGAAGAGUUCAAAGGGGUCGUAGUACCGAAAGGUAAGUCGCCGUCGGUGGCUACCACUGAUAAAUCUAAGUGUAAGGUUGAUCUUCGGAUCAAGAUCUGGAAAUGGACAUUCUAGUCUAGUUAUUAUGGUUACUACUUAUCAGUGUUUGGUUGGGUUUUGAGGAGGAAAAAUGAAAAUAUAUAAAAUAUUUUCUAAUGUUUUCCAAAUGGGAAGUUCAUCAAUUGUUGAAGAGUGUUGAAAGGAAUGAACAGGAGAUGAAGUUGUUUCAUUUAUUUGAUUUUUCGGUUUAGCAGUGUAAUUUUGAAAAUAUUUUUCAUGUUAUUUUUUUUUUUUAUAAUAAUAAUAGUGUGAAAGCAAUGUUAUGGAUUGGUUGGCA